CGCUCGUGCACGCCUGCCCGCCGCCGGCUGCUCGCGCCCGGGAGCGCCGCGGGGUCCCGGGAGCCCGCUGCAUCCUUUGUGCGUGGGCCGCGGGAGGGAAAGCGAUAGCUGUGGGGGUUUUCUCUUCUGGCAUAAAACUUGAAACAAUGGACUGAAAAGAGAACAUGGAUUGAGGGAGGCGAGCGGGGAAGCGAGCUGCACAGGGGAAUCAUGACUUCUGCCGCCGAGAUUAAGAAGCCACCAGUGGCCCCCAAGCCAAAGUUUGUGAUGGCAAAUAAUAAACCAGCUCCACCUCCUGUUGCUCCUAAACCUGACAUUGUGAUUUCUAGUGCUCCACAGUCAAUAAAGAAAACCAAGCCGGCAAUAGCUCCGAAACCAAAAGUUCUGAAGGACUCACCUGUUCGAGACAUCAGUCUGUCACCAUCGAGGACUAUGAACCUGGAAGAGCACAAACAGAAAGUACCUGAAAAUGCUGACGACUUCAAUUCUAAGAAUGUAGGGAACCAGAGCAGUGACUAUAUUUUACCAGCGUGCCCCUGCAGCUCUGAGUGUAGCCAUAAACUGGGGAAUAGAGGGAAUUCCUGUGUGAAGCAGCUUGUUUUAGAGCCCCUGGAAAUGCAUGAAAAUUUAGAAAAUUGUAAAAUCGAUGAGUUCUCUUUAACUGUAAAAACUAGGGAUAAAUGUGAUUCUCAUGGUAAAAAGGUAAAGAGCCAGAGUGGAGUAGUUUUAAAAGCAAGCAUCCUAGAAGAGAAUCUCAAAGAUGUUUUAACACAAGGAACAUCACCCUUUAGCUCACCACCGAAGCAUAGAUCCAAAGACAACCCAGACGUGAAUGGUGGCUGUAAUUCGAACAAGCAAUUCAGUAUUGAAUUUACUGACUUGUCACCAUCCUCAUCCAGUUUUGAGAAAGUCUCUGACCAUCACCACCUCCUACAGCCUCCAAGUGAUGAAUUUCAAAUUGUUGAAACUUGUCAGGAUAGUAUUAGAAAAAGCAGUAGUUGCUUUCAUUCAUCCAAACAAUUAGCUCUGGAAAAUGGCAAAAGGAAUAAUUUUAUAUCUUCAGAUGAAGUUAGUAAGAAGAUGGAAGUUAAAGACGUUGGUCCUUUAGAAAUUCACUUAGUACCAUAUACCAAAAAAUUCCCAACUCCCAAGCCCAGAAAGACUCGCACUGCUUGUCUGAUACGCCAAAGGUACGUAGACACUCCUAGUGAAAGUACUGAGGAACCAGAGAAUUCAGACAGUAGCUCUUCUUGUCUUAUUGAAGACAAUUUGAGGAACAAUAAAAUUAGCGUUCUUCCUCAGAAUGUUUUGUGUAACCAGCAACAGGUGGACAAAGUGAAGCGAGGAAGUAAAAAUGAAUUGAAUCUGGACUCUGACUACGACAGAGAAGACUUAGCCAAUUCACAGAAAGCUGUGUGUCCUGAAACUUUUUCCUUUGAAAAAAUGGCAUCUCCUUUAGAUACAGACUCCAGUUUGAGUUCUGACAGCAAGACAGUAGAUGGCUGUAAUAUGUCGCUUGCUAUGGACAAUGGGAUCAGUAUUACAGGAUGCAGUGCUUUAUCUGUGAGCCUGCCUAAGCAACUCAAAUUAACUUCUAAUGAACAUUUGCCUGCUGCAUAUAACCCGGGAGUGUGUGCCUAUCAAAUGCAAAAGGAAUCUACAAUAAAGGAUGAAAGUUCUUUAAGAAUUAUUCCCAAAAAACCUCAAAGACACAGCUUGCCUGCUGCAGGAGUGCUUAAAAAGGCCGCCUCAGAGGAGCUUGUAGAGAAGAGUUCUUAUCCCUCAAAUGAAGAAAAAAAUUCCGAGAAGAGUCUAGAAAGAAAUCACGUUCAGCAUUUGUGUGCCCAAAACCAUGGUAUGUCAUCCUCCUUUGAUGUGCCUAAACGGGCUUCAGAAAAGCCAGUGUGGAAAUUACCUCAUCCUAUUUUACCCUUUUCGGGGAACCCAGAAUCUUUAAAGUCUGUGAGGAUGUCCUCAAAUAGUGAGCCCUUAGGUGCCCUAACCAAGCCUAGAGCAAGGUCAUUAUCUGCUGUGGAUGUGGAAAGGAGCACUAAGCCUUGCAAAGACUCUCAAAAGAAAAACUCUUUGAAAAAGUUGCUCAACGCGAAAUUGUCCACCUGUUUUAUGAAGGGUGACUUUCAGAAAUUUUGGUCUAAGAGUAGCCAACUUGAAGAUACGACCACUGGUAACCUCUGUGGUGGGGAGCAGAAGGGGAUUGAAAGUGAUUGGCAUGGCUUGUUGGCAGGAGAAGAAAAGAGAAGUAAACCCAUUAAGGCGUAUUCUGCAGAUAACUACAGCCUGGAAUCCCAGAAGAAGAGGAAGAAGUCUCGGGGCCAGACCAGCAUGGCCAGUAGUCCUAGAGCUGAGUCUUUGGAUGACCAGAUGCUCUCCAGGGAGUCAUCAUCUCAGGCCCCUUGCAGAUCCGUUACAAGCGCCUGUGCACCAGAGUAUGAAAAUAUACACCAUUAUAAGGAAACACCAGCGUAUGAGAACUUGCCAUUCAUUAUGGUUAUAGGGAAAACUCCAGAGUUUGAAUGUCGCAAUUCCAGCAACAUGGAGGACACUGAUGCAAAUGUGUAUGAAGUAGAAGACCCUUAUGAAGCUCCUGCUAGCCAGCUGCAACUUGGAUCCAGACUUCAGCAUUGCAGUUCUGGAGCAUCCCAGGAGGGGCACAAUGAUCUGGACCUGGGUCUGGAUGACCUUCCCUCAGAUGAGGAGGAAGUCAUCAACAGUUCUGAUGAAGAUGAUGUCAGCUCUGGCUCUAGUAAAGGAGAGCCUGACCCACUGGAAGACAAACAGGGUGAAGAUACUGGAAUGAAAUGUAAAGUUCAUCAUAUUGCCAAGGAGAUUAUGAGCUCGGAGAAAGUGUUUGUGGAUGUGUUAAAACUUUUGCAUAUUGAUUUCCGGGAUGCGGUAGCCCAUGCUUCCAGGCAACUUGGAAAACCAGUGAUUGAGGACCGAAUCCUGAAUCAGAUCCUGUACUACCUGCCUCAGCUGUAUGAACUGAACCGGGAUCUCCUAAAGGAAAUGGAGGAAAGAAUGUUGAACUGGACUGAACAACAAAGAAUUGCUGAUAUCUUUGUAAAGAAGGGUCCAUAUUUAAAAAUGUAUUCCACAUAUAUCAAAGAAUUUGAUAAGAACAUAGCUUUGCUGGAUGAGCAAUGCAAGAAAAACCCAAGUUUUGCUGCUGUUGUUAGAGACUUUGAGAUGAGCCCACGCUGUGCUAAUCUGGCCCUCAAGCACUACCUGCUCAAGCCUGUUCAGAGGAUCCCCCAGUACAGGCUGCUGCUGACAGAUUAUUUGAAGAAUCUCUUAGAAGACUCUGGAGAUUACAGAGACACUCAAGAUGCCCUUGCUGUUGUUAUAGAGGUAGCCAACCAUGCCAAUGAUACUAUGAAGCAAGGAGACAACUUUCAGAAACUUAUGCAAAUUCAGUACAGCUUAAAUGGACACCACGAAAUAGUGCAGCCUGGACGGGUCUUUCUGAAAGAAGGAACUUUGAUGAAGCUAUCCCGGAAAGUCAUGCAGCCCCGAAUGUUUUUCCUGUUUAAUGAUGCCCUGUUGUAUACAACGCCUGUGCAGUCUGGGAUGUUUAAACUAAACAACAUGCUCUCAUUGGCUGGAAUGAAGGUCAGAAAACCCACCCAAGAAGCAUAUCAGAAUGAACUAAAGAUUGAAAGUGUAGAACGUUCCUUCAUUCUCUCAGCCAGCUCUGCCACAGAAAGGGAUGAAUGGCUAGAAGCAAUUUCCAAGUCCAUAGAAGAGUAUGCCAAGAAAAGAAUCACAUUCUGUCCUAGUAGGAGUCUUGAUGAGGCUGACUCAGAAAAUAAAGAGGAAGUUAGUCCCCUUGGAUCAAAGGCUCCCAUCUGGAUUCCUGAUACCAGAGUCACAAUGUGUAUGAUCUGCACAAGUGAAUUCACUCUGACCUGGAGACGACACCAUUGCCGGGCCUGCGGAAAGAUUGUAUGUCAAGCUUGUUCAUCGAAUAAGUAUGGUUUAGAUUACCUGAAAAAUCAACCAGCAAGAGUAUGUGAACAUUGUUUCCAAGAACUGCAGAAAUUAGAUCACCAGCACUCCCCUAAAAUUGGAUCUCCAGGAAAUCACAAAUCUCCUUCAAGUGCCUUAUCAUCAGUCUUACAUAGUAUUCCAUCAGGGAGAAAACAGAAAAAAAUCCCAGCUGCUCUCAAAGAAGUAUCAGCAAACACAGAGGAUUCUUCUAUGAGUGGCUACUUGUACAGAUCAAAGGGCAAUAAAAAACCUUGGAAACACUUGUGGUUUGUCAUAAAAAAUAAAGUGCUGUAUACAUACGCUGCAAGUGAGGAUGUGGCAGCUUUGGAAAGUCAACCUUUAUUAGGAUUCACUGUCACUCAAGUCAAAGAUGAGAAUUCAGAGUCUAAAGUGUUUCAGUUACUGCACAAAAACAUGUUAUUUUAUGUAUUCAAAGCAGAAGAUGCUCACUCAGCUCAGAAGUGGAUAGAAGCAUUCCAGGAAGGCACAAUAUUGUAGCAGUAUCAGUUUCAUCUCUUCUGUGAUUCCAAUAGGUGGAAUUUCAUCAGAAUGGAGUAAAUGCAGUACAAAAAUUUUAUAAAAUGAAACAUUGCCAAGAUAAAUCCAGCCAAACUGUCCAGUAUAAGAAAUUAUUUUGUUAGGUAUAAGGUAAUUUUUUAAAAUGUUUAUUGUUCCAUCUAUGUUAUUUAUUAAAAUUUUGAUGUUUACUUAAUGGUCAGAAUUAUUUCUGAGACUCACACUGAAUUCUAAAGUACUUUUUCUUUGGAUACCAGAAAACUUAUUUUCAUAUCGUAUACUGUAUUAACUAUUUGUGACACAGUACACACUGUUUUUUCUACCUUACAUUGUAACAUUCUCACCAGUGGUAAAUCUUUGUAAGUAAAAAGCACAUAUCACAGGGCAAAUUUCCAUGCAGUGCUUGGUUCAAAAAUGAUGAAUAUUAUGAAACUAUUGAUGAAAAAAAUGCAUGUCUUUGAAUCAGUACAGUAAACUAGAUGAAUUUUUGUAUCUUUUAAUGGAAAAAUGCAUGACCAUCUUCUACCUCAGUGACUGUGAAAUGAAAUUCCAGUAAAUUAUCUGAAGUUUUUCUACUUUUAUGUACCUCUCUUGGCCAGAGUUAAUGUUGUAUCAUCAAGGAAUUAUAGCAAAGGGCUAGAAACUGAAUGUAUUUUUAACUGUAUUGUGAGUAGGAAUGAGGAUGUUUUCAUGUGCAGAGGAACAAAAAGAACUCUGUGGGCUUUUAAAAAAAAGAGCCCUGGUAGUAACGGUUAAGCAUUCGGCUGCUAACCAAAAGGCUCUGUGGGAGAAAGACCUGGCUACCUGCUCCUGUAAAGAUUACAGCCUAGAAAACUGUAUGAGGCAGUGGUACUUUGUCACAAAAUCAACUCAAUGACACAUAACAACAGAAACAACAAUAUGGGCUUUUAAAGCCACCAAGCUCAACACAAACAUAAAUGUAUUAUUUAAAAAAAUAUAUAUGGCAAGCAUUAUGUCAACAAUGUUCCCUGCAAUUGUGAGUAAGAGUUCUGAGCCCAGGUCAAUGGUGGUAUUUGUACCUUAAAAAAAUGUUACACUUCCUAUAAUGGAUUGUGAUUUUAAAAAUGAACUGGAAUUACUAUAUCAGAAAAGCACAAAUUCUUUGCCAGUAUUAACUGAAAUUGUAUAGUAUUCAUUUCUUAAAAUAUUUUUAUACCAUUUUGUGAUAUGUCCUCCCUGGUAAUUAAAAAAAAAUUCUGUAAUACUUUAAUCAGCUUACAGUGUACCUCAUUAGGAAAGAUUUAUAUUCAUAGUUCUGGUGCACUUAUUGUUUAACAGAUGAACUAUCUUUUAAACAUAAAAUUAUUGGUUGGCAGAAGAAAAAUGAAUGAACACUAUGAUUAAAGUCAUUCCUGAUGUUUAUACUAUUAUUGAACGAGUUUAAACUAAAUAUAAACUAAAAAGGCAAGGUUACCCAUUCAGUAUUUCACUAAGGGGUACAAGAAUUUUCCUUUACAGUUCUAUAUAAAAGGUUUUCUAAAUCAGUGUGAUACCUAUGAUGGCCAGGGGAAUUCUUGAGUGCCUUUCAGAAACCUUUUGAAUGCUGUUUGCUGUAGCACCAGAGUGCCUACUAGAUCUAGAGUUUGCUGCUGUAGUUUUUCUGGCUGUUUCUUGCCAUGGAAUCACCUGUUCCAACAUCACACACAAUGUCACCUGCUGUCCCCUAAGUCUUUUGUUAAAGUAGGUAAACAAAUAUCUUUGCAGCUGACUUAUUCAAGAUAGCAUAAAUAAAGCUUCCAUCCUUAUUUAUGCAGGGGUAACAUCCCUGCAAUUUUUAAUGAUUCCUUUUUGGAGACUAAGGUUACACCUCAUAAAUGAUUUCUUUCUGAUUCAGUGGGUCUAGCAUUCGGCACAACAAGUUAUUUGGGAUUCUUCCCCAUCCCCUUGAGCUCUCUACUUUCUGACUAAGGUUUGACUUAAACCUCAGACUUUCAAAAAAUAUUCAGGCUAUUUCAUCUUCUAACAACUGGCUGAAUCAAGAACCAGUUCUAAAUUUAAACUGAGAGAGAAGAAACCUCUAGUAAUUCUCUUUAAUUAUAUAUGAAACACAUAUGUGAUUGUACUAGCUCUUAGCUUAGCCCCUUGGGAGGGUUUUGAGAAUUAUAACAUAUAGCCCUCUUCUCCAAUAAAGAGGUUUUAAAUGUGGAAUAUUAUUACACUUCUCCCCUUAUCAAUCAUUUAUAACUUACUAAAACUGAUCAAUCUCUUGAUAGUUAACACUUCAGAGAAAAAAAAAUAUGUGCUGCAUUCUGUAAAUGGAAAGUAUAACCAGUACCUUAAUCCUAGGAAUACUGUAUUUAGUACAUUAAUCGAUGUGCUUCCAUCAAAUUCUUUUACAAGUAUCCCCUUUUACUCAUAAGAGAGAGCAGUUAUAAAGCUAAGCUGAAAUGGAUGCUUAGAGUAACCUACACAAGGAACACCAGGUUGAACUAGAUUAAGGCUGGCAUUUUUUUGUGCUUAUCCCCAACCAGCGCUCCUUUUUUAGCUGUAGCAGCUGUAGAAGACCCACCAGAGUCCUAGGAAAAAUGAGAAAGGUUCUCUUCGGCAUCAUCGCACAUUUCUGAACCUCUCUCUGUCCUCUUCGCCUGUGUUCCCUAAUAUACCCAGUAUCCUGCUAUUGUCUUCUGGCUGCCCAAGAUAGAGGAACCACCAUUGCUCAUUCUCUCUUCUUCAGUCAAAAUCUUGAUUAAGUAUUUAGAAGCAUUUCUUUAAAUGAGACCAUCAGACCAACCCUUAACUCAUAUAACGCUGUAAUAUAACAACUAAGUGAGCGUCUUAGUUAUCUAGUGAUACCAUAACAGACAUACAAGUGGUUGGCCUUAACAAAGAAAAAUUUAUUCUGUCACAGUGAAGGAGGCUAGAAGUUCGAAUUCAGGGUGCCAGCUCCAGGGGAAGGCAUUCCUCUCUGUUAGCUCUGGAGGAAGGUCCUUGUCAUCAAUCUUCCCCUGGUCUCAGACCUUCUCCAUGCAGGGGCAUUGGGUCCAAAGAACAACGCUAUUUUCCUGGCUCUUGUUUCUUGUUGGUAUGAGGUGUCCCCCCCCGCCCCUUUUGUAUCUCAAAAGAGACUGACUUAAAACACCACCUAAUCUUGUAGAUUGAGUCCUGCCUCAUUAACAUCACUGCUUCUAAUCCUGCCUCACUAAAAUCAUACAGGUAGGAUUUACAACACAGGAAAAUCACAUCAGAUGACAAAAUGGUAGACAGUCACACAAUACUGGGAAUCAUGAUCAAGUCAAACUGAUACACUUUUUUUUGGCCGGGGGAGGGGGGGACAAUUCAAUCCAUAACAGUGAGCAUGACAGCUUUAAAGUAUAAUUUUGUUAGCCAAGUUUAUAUGGGUGGUAGAAUAUAUCUGGAAACGGGGAAAGCCUGCUAUUUGGUAAUUUAGUUAAAAUGUAAAUAUCAGUAUAUGAUAUGUCUUGAAUGCAUACUUUCAUUGUGCUAAAUUUUUGGAAAGUUUCAGAUCCAUUGUAGUGAAAUAUAAUUACUGAGAUUUCCAGAGAAUUGAAAGCAGAUACUGUAUUUAAUGUAGCAGUUUCUUUCAUAGUAACUACCCUGUGCUUUUUAAGAGAAAAUAUUAAGUAUUUCCUCAGGUAUCUUAACCCUUUUCCUCAGGUAUCAUACCCUCCAGCUAAUCCUCACCCAUCCUUUUCUGUUCUUACUGUUUUCUUCUUUAUUCUCACUUCCCCCCACUUUAAGUAGAAGAAAGUGAGGACAGAAGUCUUGUCAUUAAAACUCAAACAGCCCCAAAAUGCCCUCAUUAUUACUUAGAUCUUAAACCUAUACUCUUCACCAUCCUACAAGGCCACAUUUGCAACUACCUGUUAGAUAGCUGGAAACCCUGGUGGCGUAGUGGUUAAGUGCUAUGGCUGCUAACCAAAAGGUUGACAGUUUGAAUCUACCAGGCUCUCCUGGGAAACUCUAUGGGGCUGUUCUAUUCUGUCCUAUAGUGUCACUAUGAGUCGGAAUUGACUCGACGGCAACAGGUGGGUUGGAUAGCUACACGAGUCCUUCUCAAGCAUUUUAAAUUUUAUAGGACUAAAUCUCAACUCACCUUCCCAUUCAAAUCUCCUUCUUUUAUUUUCACCCAUAAUGGAAAGGCAUCAUUCUGGGCUCUGGGAUCUGUCUCCAAGUCUCAACAAGGCUCUUUGCAGUUAUCCUUGUAUCCUUUCCAUCCUCCUUGCCCUUUUAUCUUUUUGCCCUUUUAUUGUUACUGCAUAGGCCCUGACUCAAGUCCCUGUUACUACUUCCCAAUGAUUACAGUAACUUUUCUUCUUACCUCAAUACCUUCUUUAUGUGGUCCCAUUUUCAGCACUGCCAGAGCUAUCUUUCUACAGCAUAGCUAUAAUCUAGUUUUAUCUCCUGCUAUUAUUAUAUAUUUUUUUUAUUACAACCUUCAGUGGCUUCCAGGUGGCUUGGCAUGGAAUGCAAAUUCUAUUACAGUUUGCCCCAAACCAUGUCUCACCUUUAUAUAUUACUUUUCCUCAGGUAUCAUACCCUGCAGCCAACCCUAAUCCAUCCCUUCUCUGUUCACAGUGUUUUCUUUAUUCUCACUUUUCCCAAGAGUGCCCAACUUGAAAGCCUCCUCUGUGACAGUUGAUCCUAGCCUUCUCUCCCCUGUUCCUCCAGAGUAGAUCCAGUGUCUCCUUCCUCAGUGCUCCCGUGGCUCUUCGUUCAUAAACACUUUCUUAUGGUGCUUGUCACAUUCUGCCCUUGAGAACCGAAACUGUAUCUUGUUCAUUGGAGAUUCCUCUACAGCCCAGGGCAGAGUGCCUUGCAUGAAGUGGACACUUAUAUUUGCUCAAUACAGUUGCUUCUGAUUUUCAAGAAAAAAGUGCCUGCAAUACACAAACAUUAUCCUGGAGCUUAUGAUACUUUUAGUCAUUUUCUAAACAAAAAAUCUUAUCUGUGACUUUUCCCCUUUUAAGAAAAGAGACAAAUACUUUCUAGUAGGAUUUUUUUUUAAGGUAAGAAAUUUUCAAAAAGCUCCUUUUUUGGGUACAGGGGAAGAGAUGAAGGGGGGCAGUUUUUUAUAUGGGUUCCUAUGGCAUGAAAGAACACAAUCUUGAAAUACUGUUGUUUCUUUAAAUGAUUUAUGAUGUAUUUCUAGAAACAUUUUUUAAAGUGGUAAGUCUGUUUCUUAUUGUCCAUAUAGAAAUAGAUCCUUUAUAAAUAAUUAGCAUUGUAAAUAAUGUUAAUAAGUAUAUUUAUAUUAAAUAAAUUUAAUAUCUAUUUCUUGUGUGAUGUCUUUUAAACCAAAACUUUUAGAGUCACAGAUUUAAAGAUGAACCUCACUGACCUCUUGGUUUUUCUGAAGGGAAAACUCUCCUUCACCCAUAAAUGAUGUUCCGAAAUUGGCUUCUACAUCCAAGUUUUAAUAAGUUAACUUACUGUGACUUAAGCGAAUUAAUUAGAUGAUAAGGGGUAAUCUUGCGCAUCACUACAGAUAUGCAUACUGUGCCCUGAGAAUAGAGAAAAGGUCUCAGAUUACUUUUCCAUUUGACCUACAGUGUACUUAGCUUUCUCCUUUGGGACCAGUUUAAAGAUUGCAGGAUUGAGGCAGUACUUUGCCUUAAAACCAUCAAACACACAACAAAUGAUGGUAAAAGUAAGAGGUGGACUUUUACAGAGAAUGAGUCAUGAAUUAUAUUUCCACUUGCCACAUGUCCUUUUUCCAUGUGUUCAGUUGCAUAGUUCUAGAGGGAAAUGACCUAGGAGAUGUUCUGGUUCCCAAACGCACAUUUGUUUUUCCUGACUUGGGCUUCUGCCUUGAAUCGGCAGCUGCUUUUCUACAGUGCUGACCCUCAGUAAGAUGGACUGACACUGUGGCUGUAAUAAUGGGCUCAAGCAUAGCAACAACUGUGAGAAUGUUGCAGGACCGGGCAGUGUUUGGUUCUGUUGUGCACAGGGACGCUGAGUCAGUACCGACUUGAUGACAACAACAACGACCUACGCACCACACAAUGGAAAUUCUGAGGAUCCCUUCUCUUAAAAGUCUAAACCACACAGUACUUUGCAUACAGGGCAACUGCUCCUACCACACACUUUGCUGUCUCAGGUGGCCACCAUCAGAAAGUGAUGUUCUGUCAGUGCCCUUUAACAUCUUUAUUUACCAUCAGGCAUUGUCCUAGUGCAUGAGGAUACACCACUGACAAAGCAGGUAAAAACCAGCCUUCAGGGAGCUUACAUUCUAGUGAUUAUAUUCUUGCUCCAUUUAAUCACAUCUCCAUUAUUUACUCACAAUAAUUGGUAAAUAAAAACCUUGCCUUACGAUAUAUCAUUCUGCCUCGGC